GAAUAAUUUUAAUACGUUCCAAGAUGGAAGAAUCUAAAGAAGUUGUACUACAGAUUGAUGAAAAGACAAGAGUGCAAGUGACCAAGAAGGGGAGGAAUGUAUUGGUUGAUAUUAGAGAGAUGUAUACAGAUGGGAAUGGCAAAUUGCAACCUGGCAGGAAAGGGUUCUGUUUUUCAGCAGAAGGAUGGGGGUUGUUCCAGGGACUUGUUGGAGAUAUUGACCUUGCGUUGAAGCAGCUUCAGGAGGAGUAACAUUUUGAGAAAAAUGCUGAAAUUUAUAAAAUAUUUAAU